AUGUUCGCGUCCAAAGGGAAGUUACUCCCGGCCCUUGGCCUUUACUUCGGUCUCCUCCUAACCAUAAACUUCGCAUCCGCGCAGAACGCGUCCAAGGAAUCCGAGUCCUGGCAGCCCAUGCAGCCACAGAAACGACAGGCUAUCGUGAAACUGGACCCCGUGGGCUCUGCUGCAGCCAAGAGCUACGAUCCUCCCCCGGAGUUUUACCGCGGACCGGGUUCAUCGACCCCCAAGUUGGACAGCACUGCAGCUGGCUUCAUAUCCAAGCCCAUUGGUGCGCUUCCGCCGGUGGGAGGAGUUCAUGGCUCCCAGGCCAGUAGCCUAAAUGAUAAUCUCAGCCAGGCCUAUGACAAGUGGAAAUUGGGUGGGAAUAUACACGAUCGCAUCAGCGUGGGUCAUUAUGGCAGCAGUGGAAGUGCAGGCAAAAGCUACGCCUUUGACAGUCACCCCUAUCAGUAUGACUAUGGACCAUCCAACGGACACGGCUACGAGCCAGGACCUGCUCCAGGACACAGCUACUCCAGCGGAGAGGCGGGAGUGCCCUACCACGUGUAUAGACCCCGACCGGAACAUGGCCAGUACCCUGGGCCGCCAGUGGACUACUCCUACAGCCCCUACCCCAUCGAUUCCCACGAGAUAGUCUCCCACAAGGGAACGCCAGAGAUCUCACCAAAGGCCUUGCUGGCCAAGAGCUUCUUGAUUCCGCUGGCCAGUGCCACCGUUCUGGGCAUCGCCGCUGCCCUGGUCAGUAAUCCUCUCCUGCUGCAACUGGCUCCCGUUCCGGGGAUCGGUGUGGGAGUCGGGCCUUCAGUCAUUGGCAAGCGAAGAAGGAGAAGACGGGCAGUGAAGCGGGCUUAG